UGCUGGAUGAGACGCAUAAGCAGCAUGGAAUGGAGUUGAGGAGGAUUAGAGAGCAGUUGGAAGAGUUGAGUAGGGAGAAGAAGGGCGGGUGGUGGCAGUGAUGAGACGAGCAUGCGCUUGAGGCUUUGAUGUUAUUUUGAUGGGUGGUGGAGUGAGUUUGUGCGGAUGUGUUAUAGGUAUGUGAGCCUUCGAGAAAUAUAGAGAAUAUGAACGCUGAUGAAUAAUAAGAGCAAAGGGGUCAAGCGAAUGACUUGAAAUUGACUUGUUUCUAUAGCUGACCUUUUCGUGAAGCAAGCGCUAUGAACCUCGCAACGUGCAAUGCUGCUAAUCUACCCAGAGACCUUUAGAACGUCAGAAGUAUAGUGGCUGGCAUAUACUUUAUGUAGUGUGACCUUACAUCAGCAAGUGAAGACUGACAGCAACCAUAAAGAGCUGCGCCAUGAACACCGCAAGCAGAACGAACUACGACACGUUGUAGCCGCGGAAUUGGAUGACCAUGCCCACAGCAGGAGCUGAAUCGGCAGGCACAGCAGAAACAGCGGGAGGAGCCGCGGCAGCAGCGGUGGUACCCUUGGUCUUGCGACGCUGUGCACCGCCCGGCUUGUUCUUCUUUGGAUCGGGACCGGGCGCCUCGCGUUGUGUACCUUUAUAUCAGGCGCGCCCUUCACAUCCUUCUCGUCAUCCGCCUCGGCAGGUUCGUGGGCUCAGCAGCUACAGUUGUAGCACGGACAGCCUGCUUGGCAGACUUAACCUACUUACAAUUAUGGAGGUUCCUCUCCUUCUUGGUGAGGACUGGCAUCUCGGCGAUGUCAUUGUUCUCGGCAUCAGAAGGCGCCUUAUCGUCGGUAGCAGAAGCUAUGGUAACCUAGUCAUCAUUAUUCGACUCGUCGAUGGCUUCCUGAGUUUCAUCCUCUGGAGAUGUAGCAGACGAGUCGGAGUCCUUGGCCGUGGUGGAAGUAGCAGCACGUUUACUGGCCGCUCGACGAUGUGCCUUGGUACGUGUUUUCUCCUUGCUAGCGAGGACGGGCUCGUACGGGAAGUCUUCAAAACCAGAAGAUGCCUCAUCAUCGACCCAAGGUGUCACAAGGUGGUCAUCUAUAUUGCUUAGAUCAAUGAGAACUUCCUGGGCAGGGGGUUGCACGGGCUGCUGCUCCUCAAUGAGGUCGGC